GGGCACUCUCACUCUCGUUGGAUGAUACAGUUUUUUCUUGCUUCGCGCCAGACCGAUGGUCUGCACAACGUUCGCAUCUUAUUGCCGAAGAUGCAGCAGCAUGAAAGGUGGAAAGCUAUAAAAGUGAUCGCCACCACCAGGAAAUGUUUAGUUACGGUGAUGUUAUCGUGCGGUUAGGAAGCGUGGUCGGACAACGUGCAGUGCAGAAAAAGCUGUUGUUCAGUAGACGUUUUUAGACUGAGGGGUGAGAAUUACUGAAAGUUUCGGAAACAUCACACUGAAGGAGAUUCGGAUUGCUGAAUAUUGCAGAAAUGCUACGUUGGAUCCUUUUGAUGGCGCUUUUAGCGUCACCAACGUUGUCGCAAAAGGCUGAACGACGGCGAGCUUUCUACCGGAGAACAACCACAACCAGUACAGCUACGCCGAUUGCAGAGGAUAUAGCCAGCUCAGAAUCUAAGUUCAAUGACAAUGCCGGGGAAGGUCUGUAUACGGUUGGCGAUUCAUUUACGAUAGGUGGGGGUGCAUCUUCGUCCUCGCCCGGAGAUAAUAUUGGCAAAGGAAGUGCCUUCAAGCCGGUCACUAGCAGUGGCGAUAAACUGACAUCGUUCUCGGAGUACGGAUUUGGCGGCACAAAGUUAUCCGAAUCCAAUGAUUCCGGCUCGGACGAAGAUUAUGGAAUAAACCUCAAGAACAUCAAACCCCUCAAACCAUCCUCAAAUUCCAACAGUUUCAAAUCUUCUGGAGCUUUUGACUUUCUAAACAAUGACUAUUCGAAACCUUCUUCGGACAGUAAAUUGAAAUCCACUUACAGCAACAAAUUUUCAAUUUCCCAUCCCACUCCCACGAAAUCAUCCCUGACGGGUAAGCUAGACCAUCUGCACGAUUCGACUGAGUAUGAAAUAUACUCCAGCCUUAAGUCCGCCAAUAGCUAUAAAACCUCUUUAAAUAACUUUGGAGCAUCGACAAAUUUACCAAUUGGGACUUUUUCAGGCUCAUCACUGAACUUUGACGGUAAGGUGAAAAAACUGCCCUCGUACUCGUUUGACGACUCUGCACUUGCAUCAUUCACUUCCAACAAGAAGAAGAACAAACUUUCCUUAGACGACGACACGUUUGGAGGGAGCAGCUCAUUUGGACACAGUAACAAUUUCGGUGUCGGUAAGCUAGAGUUUCCUUUCACUAGUGGUGGCAAGUUCAACAGCCCAUAUGGGUUUGGCGAGCCACCGCUGGUCAAAUCUGCUGUAUCGACACUGAAACAUUUUGGUGCUGGACUUUUAGGUAAACCAGAGAAACAAUCUUCAUCUUAUUACGGCAUUGACAGCGAAGAGAGUGGUUUUGGAAAUUCAAAAUUUAAACCGUUUGGUAAAGGUAGUGGCGGAAGUAGUAGUAGCUUCAAAAAUACCUACAAUCUCGAUAGCGAUGAAUCAGAAGAGGUUUAUACUAAACCCAAAAGUCCAAAACUACACUCAUCCUACGGCACCAAACUGAAGCCCUCCCACAACACAGAGUACGAAAGUGACUUCGAUGUGAAAAACAUCAAGCUGCCUGGCGCUCUUAACAAGUUCCGACCUAACAAUUUCCCCAAAUCGACCUCACACAAAUCCAAACACGGCUCCGACAUUGACAACCCUAACCCGCUUGAGUUCCGACCUAACUUCAAACUGCAAGAUGUACCAAAUCUGUAUCCCGAUGAACAUAUAGGUGCAGGAAUCGCUGCAAAAGGUCAAAUCGAGAACUUCCUCAACUCAGAACAUUCCUUCCGGAAUCAGCCUGUCCGAACGACGCACUACCUCGAUGGUCAUCCUGGGAAAAAGGGUCAAUACAAUGAGUAUUUGAAGUCUCAGGAAGACGAACAGUUCGAGAAGGAAGCGCUGAAGGCCCAGAUCGAAUACCUGAAGGCACAGGCUGCGAAGCGUCCAGAAGUAAGGCAACGUCCGCCCGGUCCACCAAUUAAGCACGGUUCAGCACCACCCCGUGGCCGUCCAGUUCGGCGUAUUCCGCAGUUGGCUCCCCUUGGCGCUAAGCAGUCGCGGCCGCCGGUGAGGAUUCCACACUACAACGACCGACCGUACAGUGUUAGUUUCAAGCUCUAAAUGAAUUCUGAGUCAAAUAAUUCCGUGGACGGAAAAAUCGAUAGGAUUGAGCAAUCCCCAGUGCAAUUUGCCUUGUUUUAUCUAGAGUAUUAUAGUCGAUUACGCUAGUAUUAGGUUAUUUAUUAAUUGUAGUUAUUAGCAAGCCAAUUUUAGGUACGACAAACACAAACUGAGAAAAAACGAAAUUGACUAAAUUAUUAUAAAAA